AAAUGAGGCCUUUUCAUGUCAGAGGUACAGACAGAGCUAUAAUGACUGUAAAAAUCAAUUAUGAUGGAGAUUUAUUCUUUACUGCCUCAUAGGAUGGUGGUAUUAAUUGUUGGUUGACAGAAACUGGUGAAAGGUAUUUAAUUGAAGAAAUCAUAAUUAGAUUAGGAAAUUAUAAAGCAAGUGGUGCAGUUAAGACAUUAGAUUUAACAGAUAACAGUGAAUUAUUAGUGAGUGGUUCUUUGGAAGUAAAAAUUACAAUCAAUUCAAAAGGGUUCUGUUGAUUUCUUUUAGAUCAAUGGAGGAAAAAGUCUUGGUAAAUUAACAGCUGAUAUGAGAAAGGCCAAAUGGGUAGAGUUCUCUUUUGGAGAUGAAAAUUUAAUUAUUGUAAUCAAAUUGAAUGCAUAAUGUAUAGGUAUAUUAACCAAUGACUUCAACAAUUAAUUAUGAGACAAGAAUUCUCAAAGUGCAAGAAAUCUUAGAUAAGAUUAAAUUAAGAUAAACAUAAGAUGUAUUAGAAAUAACUGACACUCUUGUGACUCCAGAUAAAUUUAAGACUACUCAAGCAAGUUGGGGAUAUUUGAAUCAAUCUAUAAUAAUGGCAUCAACUGAGGGAGAACUUUUAUUAUUAUCUUAUCCAUAAAGUAUCUUUUGUAUAAAUAAUUAAUAGAGGAGGAAAUAAGAAGAGUAUAAGUACAUGAUGGUGAAAUUAAGUAAUUUGCAUUUGCUAAAGAUUUUUCAAUUUUGGCUACUGCUGCUAAUGAUGGAUGCAAAAUCUUUGAUCCAGCUACAUUAUAAUUAUUGAGGUAUUUCAAAUAUGAAGUUCCUAUGAAUGCUGUUGCAAUUUCACCAUUAUUCAAUACUGAACAAAAACCAAAACCUCAUUUAAUAGUAGCUGGUGGUAUUCCAGCAAGAGAAACAGCUAGAACUAAAUUUUAAGGAUUCGAUAUACAUAUUUGUAAUGUCAUUUAUGAAGAGGAAGUAGGAAAAUUAUUAAGUAUAAUAAACUCUUUAUAUGUAAAGAUCCUAAUUAAAUUGGGCCUAUAAAUGCUUUAGCAUUCUUCCCUGAUGGAAAAGGAUUUAUUACAGGAGAAGAAGGUGGUUAUUCUAGAGUCUAUAAAUUUGAUUAAACUUAUUGGGAAAAUGAUUUAUUCAAAUGA